AUGGGCCGAAUAUUCGGUCUUGACAGAAUCCAUUGUGUGACGGGGUUAGUCCGUAGUUACCGGAUUGCGAUUUGGCGGAACCCAAAUCCUUGCACGAGAUCGGACCUCUUGCCGUUCGGAAACGGCCUUGUGGAAAUCGAUAACCGCCUCCACCAAUUCCUUGCUCGUCUGCAACAACAGCACCAGCAACGAAUCCACCAAGAGCACCAGCAACAGCAGCAGAUCUCACUCCACGUGCCACCCUACAAACAGGUCAUUUCCUCUGGUGCUUCCACGGUUGCUCGCACUGCCGUAUCCGCCGCUUCUUCCGUCGCUAACCCCGAGACAUCGACUGCUUAUUCCGUCGCUAACCCCGAGACAUCGACUCUCUUCACGAUCAAUCUUCCAAAUAGUAUCCAUUUCUACGAAGCUAGCGAGGUUCGAUUCUCUCGGACUAUAGCCGGUUUCGGAUUCCAUGACGUGGUGAUCGAAUCCCCUCUUCAAUCGAUUCAGCUCUCCGAUCUCGAUCCAGUGGGUAUCGGCGAUGUCUUGAUCGCGUAUAGGAAGAGGCUCGCCGGUUUCGAGGCGGAAGGCGGCUCGGGUUUCGAGGCGGAAGGCGGAUCCGGUUUCGUUUGUGCCGUUGUCGUUUCUAGGGUUUCUAGAGAAGAUUUAGGGCUUGUUUUAUGA